UGAUGAAUUGGUGACAUAAUGGUGCGAGCAAGAGGUGGAUUUGGAUAAAGUGGCACCGGGCGAGGAAAAGGAGGAACUUCUCGGGGAAUGCAAGGUCGGAAACUCACAAAACCACCCGAAAAAGCAUAUGGAGAAGUCGAACUCCGCCAAGAAAAGGAUACCAUGAAGUCUAACAUACAAAAUCUAGAUUUGAAUAAAGAUUUCUCGAAAAGGAAGUAUAAAAUCAAAAUAGAUGAACAGCAUUAUGACGGCCAAGUCAUUCGUGUGGCAGAAAUGUUUAAAUGGUGGCUACAAAAGUACAGAAAAUAUUCGGAAGCUGAAGCAGACAAAGAAGCUGAGAAAACUAGAUUCUACAUUGGGCCAAAAAUUGCCAGCCUAAAAAGAAUUCAAAGUGAGGACCGAGGUGAAAAUAACCUAUCAGAAAAUGCUCAAAGUCCAUUGGAAGACAUUCGAGAGCAUGGUCAGUUGGGUGACGUUCAAGGCGAUGGUCCAUCGGAAGAUUUUGAAAGCAAUGGCGCAUUGGAAGAUUUUCAAGGAAAUGAGCCAUUCCAAAAUGAAGGCAACGACCCAUUGGAAGAUCUACAAGAAAUCGGAAGCAUCGAAACAAGAUCGGAAGACGAGGAAAGCCCAUUAGAUGAUGUUCAGGACGAUGGGCUUCUCAACACCGAGAACUGA